AUAAUAAUAAAUUGGGCCACAAACAUCUCCUCUGUUAUGCGAUUGACUUGACAAAUUCCAACCUCCCCUUCGCUAAAGUUCAUGUCCAUCUUGCCCUCUCCAAAUCUCGGUUCAUCGUCUUCUCCAUCGCAACUUCACCUUCAAAACCCUAAUUUUAAUCAUGGAUCCGACCUCGACCCUCCUUCCCACACCCUCCAAUCUCUUGGUAUUUCCGAUCCUGUUACAGCAUCAGUUGCUCCAACACCGGACGCAUCUGCUGGAUCUUCCGAAAAGGUGAAAGAAGACCCAAAACAAAAUGGCAAGAAGAUUCCCACCCACCAAAAAUCUGGUGCACCUUUUCAACGCAAUCUUUCUGGCCAAUCUAGUAUUGGGUUUUCUCAAGAGAGAGGCUCUUCUGUCAGUCAGAAAUCUCGUUCUACUAAUCAAGGGGGCACUCCGACAUCAUCAGGAAGAAAAGCACAGCUAGUUAAUGGUAAUUAUUUGUUGAAUUUUCAAUAUGAUCCUAUUGCUCGUCCACAAGCAAGGGUUAAUGCUCCAAGAAAGUUGCCCAAGAGAAAGCCGUACAACAAAGAUUUGUUUCUCCAAGCAAACUAUAAGUUUGUCUUGUUGGAUUCUGGAAACCAUGCUCCUGAGUCAAUGGAUCCAGAUAAGAUGUUGCAAUGGGAGGAUAUCAUAUGUCUGAGGUAUUUCACUCCUCAUCCCACAAAUUGUCCAAUAUGUCUGGAGGAACUUUUGUGUCCACAGAUGACAUCAUGUGGCCAUAUCUUCUGUUUCCCAUGUAUAUUGAGAUACUUUUUGAUUGGAGAAGAUGAUCAUAAUCGUGAAUGUUGGAAAAAGUGUCCCUUAUGUUUCAUGAUGAUAUCAUCAAAAGACUUGUAUACCAUCUACAUUGAGAAUGUCAAGCAGCACUGUGUUGGUGAUAUCAUAGAAUUUAUGCUUCUAACCCGUGACAAGCAUUCAUUAACUCCAGCUGUGAAACAGAAAGAAAGGGUCAAUGCACAGGAGGAAGUUUAUGACUCCUUUUCAAAGUUCACUUUUACAGCAGAUGUUGAACUGUCAGUUAGGAAAGCAAUGUCAGAGCUCGAUAGUUGGCUUGCUAGAGCAGAAUCAGGGCUUGUUGAUGACCUUGAAAAACUUCCAUUUGUCUGUGCUGCAAUGGCACAACUAGAAGAAAGGAAGAAAUAUUGGAAGGGACAUAGGGAUUUUGAUGGAGUCAACUCCUGUAAAAAUGAUUCUUCUCAUGCAAGUUCUCCGCCAAGUUUGAAUUUUGGUAUUGGAGUUGAUGGUUCAGUUAUGUCUGAAGAACUUCCUGCUGGGGUUGAUGAUAAAUCAUUUCUUGUGGGUGGCUCAAAAUUGGUUAAUGUUAAUGAACCUAUAGUGAAUCAAACUGCUGAUGUGGAUGAACCAUAUGAUGGCCGAGAUGAAACUUUGUCAUCUUCCUAUGAUGAUAGACAGGAUAUGCAAUUGCCCUCUGAUGGUCUUACAGAUAAGAAGAUCAAAGAAUCAUAUGAUUUCUAUCAGGCAGCUGAUGGUCAGUACCUCAUUCUUCAUCCAUUAAAUAUGAAGUGCCUUUUGCACCAUCAUCAAAACUAUGAUAAGCUUCCUCAAAGGAUCAGUGGUAAGAUUUUGCAGUUGGAGACUGUAACGCAAUCAGAAGCCGCGAGGAGGCGAUAUCGCUACUUGAGCCAUUUUUCUUUAACAACAACAUUUCAGCUUUGUGAAAUCGAUCUCAAUGGAAUAUUGCCUCCCAGCUCACUUUCUCCAUUUAAAGAUGAAUUAAAGAAUAGGGAAAAACAGAGGAAGCGUGUUGCCAGAAAGGAGCAAGAGGAGAAAAUCAAGGCAGAAGCUGCAGCAGCUACACAUCAUAUGCCUGUACGAUUUGAUACAGAGUCUUCCUAUGAUUAUUAUCCUGCAUUCUCCUUGGAUGACUUUGAAGCUCUGGGAAGCUCUUCUGUAACAUCAUCAGCAAGCCCUCCAACAGUGGUGGAUAGGCCAUUGUUCUCGAAUGUCGCUAGGCUUGGUUUUGCUGCAUCACACGAUUCUCCUGCUCUAAGAAGAGAGGAAACUCACGUGUCAACUGGUUCUUCAACUGCCUUGGCUGGUGGUAGUGCAGCAGCAUCCUUUGCGAAUGUUAUAUCGAGAGCAAAACCUGUUGAAGUCAAGGCAAGCGAGAUGGGGAAGAAAGGAAAGAAAGCUAGUAGAGUGUUGUUAUCAACCUCAGGUGGUCGGCGGUAUUAAUAAAAAGUUUGGAUAUUGGAGUUCCAAAAGCAAGAAAGAAUUCAGCAGGGAUGGGAUGGGAUGGGAUGGGAUGGGAUGUAUGUUUGUUUUGUUGUAGUAAACUAAAGGAUGGAGACAUUGAUAGAUGGGUUUGUUUACUGUGUUGUUCUUUCCAAAUUCAAUCCAUACCAAUGAAAAGGAAAAAAAAACAAAGGAGUGUUAAUUAUGUUCUGUGUUAAUAGAUUGGUUUGAAUUAAAAAGAAGCUAAUUCCAGAAACCACCAUGUGAUCAUUAAAAAGAAACCAACAGCAAAGGGAGGUUCUGAU